GUAAGGUCUGGAAGAAAGCUACAGAGGGUCAGUCAAGCGCUACAUCCCAUUCUCAUCGCCAUCACCCACAACCACAAGCAGCAAGAGAUCGUGACUGUAGAAGCCUCGACAAAAAUAUCACAUUCCCAUUCAGACUUUCUGUAGAGCUGAAAAGAAAAAUCUAGGAAUCACCAAUCAAAUCAACCAUCAAACACCUUACGAUCAUUCCAAUCUUUUUCCGCCAUUUGACUCACUUUUUUAUGUAAACUUCUGUGUUUGUUUGUGUAAAUCCAAGGAAUCGUAACGUGGGUUUUAUGUAGGGAUCACUUAGAUUCAUAAACAUCUCUUUCUCUCAUCUUUGAGAAAAAAAAGAUUCGAAAUUUGAGGGUUGAGAGGAGAGAAAGAGAGAUUGUUUUGAUGGGUGUUCAGAGAGGUACAGCAACAAGGCAAGAUAGUUUUAAUGGCGGUAUUAGUAAUGGUGGGGGGGCUUCAUCAUCAGGAACAAGCAAUGGUGGUGGUGGUAAUAACAAGAAGAGAUGUUCAAGUUUGAUGCCUAUUAUUGUAGCCCUAGUUGUAAUAGUGGAGAUCGGAUUUCUAUGUCGUUUAGAUAUGGCUAAGAAUGGUGAUAUGGUUCAUUCGUGGACUAAUAACUUCUAUUAUGCUUCUAUUGGUGAUUCUACACCAACUACUGAAGAAAAGAAAACUCCUCCUUUAAGGGUUGAGAAGAAAAAGAACAAUCUUGAUAAAAAGAUUACUGACAAGGGAGAAGUUGUUGAUGGUUGUGAGACUUGGUUAGAAAAAGAGGAUUCUAUAGCUUACAAUAGGGAUUUUGUUAAGAACCCCAUCUGGGUUGCUGGAAAUGAUCAGGCUCAGGAGUGGGAUACUUGCUCUGUUCGAUGUCAUUUUGGACACAAAAAUGGAGAUGAUAAGAUGCCGGAUGCUGCGUUUGGUCAACCUGGUAAUGGAGUGCCUGGGAUUCUUCGAUCAAUGGAGUCGUCGCAUUAUUAUUCAGAGAAUAACGUUGCUCAGGCACGAGGGAAAGGGUUUAAAGUUGUAAUGACAACUAGUCUCUCAUCAGAUGUUCCUGUUGGUUAUUUUUCCUGGGCGGAGUAUGACAUUAUGGCACCCUUACAACCGAAGACAGAAAAGGCCCUUGCGGCUGCCUUCAUUUCCAACUGUGGUGCCCGCAACUUCCGUUUGCAGGCCCUUGAGAUGCUUGAGAAGUCAAAUAUUCCAAUAGAUUCCUAUGGUGGUUGCCAUCGGAACCGUAAUGGAGCGGUGGACAAGGUAGAUGCUUUGAGGCGCUACAAGUUUAGCUUGGCUUUUGAAAAUUCCAACGAAGAGGAUUAUGUGACGGAAAAGUUCUUUCAAUCUCUUGUUGCUGGAUCUGUCCCUGUGGUUGUUGGGGCUCCAAAUAUCAUGGAAUUUGCCCCUUCUCCUAUUUCAGUCUUACACAUCAAAACGCUGGAAGAUGUUCCUUCAGUUGCUAGAACCAUGAAAUAUCUUGCGGAAAAUCCUGAAGCGUAUAAUCAGUCGAUCAGGUGGAAAUAUGAUGGUCCAUCUGAUUCUUUCAAAGCCUUGGUGGACAUGGCAGCAGUUCACUCCUCCUGCCGCCUUUGCAUUCACCUGGCAACAAAGAUCUUGGAGGCAGAAGAGAAGAGACCAGGAUUAAGGAGACGGCCGUGCAAGUGUAAUAAAGGCUCACAAACUCUAUACCAUUUAUAUGCAAGAGAAAGAGGAAGGUUCAAAAUGGAAUCCAUUUUCUUAAGGUAUGCGAAUGUGACAUUGGCGGGGUUGGAGUCAGCAGUAUUGGCGAAGUUCAAGUCUCUGAAUCAUGUACCCGUCUGGAAAGGGGAAAGACCUGAGAAACUCAAAGGUAGUAAAGAACUGAAAGUGUACAAAAUUUACCCAUUGGGAUUAACUCAGAGGCAAGCUUUGUACUCCUUCAAAUUUAAAGGGGAUGCUGAUCUUAAAAAUUACGUGAAGACAAACCCAUGUGCAAAGUUCGAAGUUAUUUUCGUAUAGAAUAAGUUUUAGGUCUAAUACUUAUAACCCACAAGGCACAGCAGAGAGACAGGUGCUUUUUAGAGUCUUCUUUGUAGGAUGAUUGAAACAAAAUUAGUUAGGAUAUGUUAGGUUAUGAAGAAGUCUGAAUUCUUUAUGACUUCUUGCUCUAAGGCUUUAGCCAAUUCAUCUACGUUUUUUCUUUUUCUUUUUCGGAUUUUUUUUUUAUCAUGUUUGUCAUGAUUUUUACAGCAGUUGGAUUGUGGUUAGUCGUUUCAAUGAACAUAUUUUCUG